AUGGAGUCCGCGCUAGGCGCGGGCAUCGCUAUGGCCGAGGCUCUGCAGAACCAGCUGCCCUGGUUGGAGAAUGUGUGGCUUUGGGUCACCUUUCUGGGCGAUCCCAAGAGCCUCUUUCUGUUCUACUUCCCCGCGGCCUACUACGCCUCUCGCCGUGUGGGCAUCGCGGUGCUUUGGAUCAGCCUCAUCACCGAGUGGCUCAACCUCAUCUUCAAGUGGUUUCUGUUUGGAGACAGGCCUUUUUGGUGGGUCCAUGAGUCUGGGUACUACAGCCAGGCCCCAGCCCAGGUUCACCAGUUCCCCUCUUCCUGUGAAACUGGUCCGGGCAGCCCUUCUGGACACUGCAUGAUCACAGGAGCAGCCCUCUGGCCCAUAAUGACAGCCAUCUCUUCCCAGGUGGCGAGUCGGGCCCACAGCCGCUGGGUGAGGGUGAUACCUAGCCUGACUUACUGCACCUUCCUACUGGCGGUCGGCCUGUCCCGGGUUUUUCUCUUAGCACAUUUCCCUCACCAGGUGUUGGCUGGCUUAAUAACUGGUGCUAUCCUGGGCUGGCUGAUGGCCCCCCAGGUGCCCAUGGAGCGGGAGCUAAGCUUCUACGGACUAACCUCAUUGGCCCUCUUACUGGGCGCCAGUCUCAUCUAUUGGACUCUCUUUACACUAGGCCUGGAUCUUUCUUGGUCCAUAAGCCUAGCCUCCAAGUGGUGUGAGCGGCCGGAGUGGGUGCAUGUGGACAGCCGGCCCUUUGCCUCCCUGAGCCGCGACUCUGGGGCCGCCUUGGGUCUGGGCAUUGCGCUGCACUCUCCCUGCUAUGCCCAGGUACGGCGGGCCUAUCUGGGAACUGGCCAGAAGAUAGCCUGCCUUGUACUGGCUAUGGGGCUGCUGGGCCCCCUGGACUGGAUGGGCUACCCGCCUCAGAUCAGCCUUUUCUACAUCUUCAAUUUCCUCAAGUACACCCUCUGGCCAUGCCUGGUCCUCACCCUCGUGCCCUGGGUGGUGCACAUGUUCAGUGCCCAGGAAGCACCACCCAUCCGCUCUUCCUGACUUCAAGUGUCACUUUACCUCCCCCAAAGCCAACACUUGGUGACCUCCACUCUCCACGAGGCAGCCCCAUCCCCUUCCAGCCCAGAGCAGGCCCUCAUCUUGAAUUUCUUAUGUCUCCCCUCCACCUGACCUUAGCCCCAAAGAAGGGCCUUCUCUCUCCCAGAAAGGCUGGUCCUCUUCCUGCCUUCCCACCCAAGUCCCCAAAGGUGCAAAGGCAUCAAGACCAGUGGGUUCCCGCAGUACUGUGAGGGGCUCGGAGUGGCCCCAAUAAAGCCCUUCGACACUUUC